AUGGCGACAUAUCGUACAGCAGACUUCUGGGCACCGGCGCUGCAUGCCAACACACUCCUACAGCUCAGCGUUCCCGAAGGCGAGCGCAACCCCAUUGUCCGCCCUUUGCCAAUCAAGCAUGGCGAGCACGCGGCCGUUGGCGUGGUGAAGCGCAUGCUUCGCAUGGGCGACGAGCUCCUCGUUGCCGACGAUGGGUUCCGGAUGAGCUCCCUCUCCCUCCCCACCGACGAGGCGAGCGUCCCAAUCGUGACCUCGCAGUCGACGCAUGCUGUGCCGUCCCGCGGCACGUCGAUCUGGACGGGCCUCGCGUCCCUCUCCGACUCGAGCGCAGUAUCGUCUCUCUCUACCGGACGCCUUACGCUUUAUAACAACAGUGCCGAGGCGGCAGGCACGCGCAAGCUCGGAGCGCCAGUCCUCACCCUCUCCACGCCUGACGCUGGCGGCGCCUUCGCCGUCGGUGGAAAGGAGCUGGAAAUCGGUGUCUUUGAUCCUGAGCGCACAUUUGCCUCAUCGUCGACGAAGGCGUCGCCCAAGGACCUCUACGAAGGAGAGGUGUGGCGCGCGAAGAACGUGCCCCACAACAACCUCCAGCUCCGCGUCCCAGUGCACCACCUCUGCUCGUCCUACCUCCCAGGCUCUACUACCGGCAUCGUCACCGGUACCAAGGGGGGAACUGUGCGGCGGUACGACACGCGCCAGCGCAAACCCGCGUCGGACUGGAAGGUGGCCCGCGAGGGCAGCGUUGCGGCCCUCGCACCAAGCCGACUCGAGGACAACACGGUGUGGUUCGCGGACCACAGCAACCUCCUCGGCGCGCUCGACCUGCGUACGGGCAAGCUACUCUACUCAGUACCGGGGCUGGCAGCAACACCGCAUGCCCUCCUCCCCCUCCCAACCGGGGCUGGAUGGAUGGGACCGACCAUCGGGCGUGAGCAGGUCGCAGGGCUCGCGACCGUGAGUUCCGACGCGACGCUGCGGGUAUGCGGCGUCACUCCGGCACCUAGUGAGGCGCCUAAAGGAAACUGGGGUUCAGGGAAGAAGGCGAGCGUCAUGGCCAGUGUUGGCGGUGUUGGUGUCGGGACGUUCGUGUUUAAUGGGUUUGGGAGCGGGAAGGAUGUGGUGGAGAAGAAGGAGAAUGGCGAGGAAGAAGAGAGCGAUGAGGACGCCGAGGUCGGGGAGGACGAGGAGGAGGAGAUGUGGGAGGGUAUGGGGGAGGUUGGUGAGGGCGACGACAGCGACGACAGCGACGAGGAGGACGAGGAGGAAAGCGAUGAGGAGCAGCCACCACGGAAGCGGAGGAAGUAG